AAGACCCAAAGUCAAGACUUAAGAUACAAGCAGUGAAGGAUGGCGGUGUCAGAGAUCUUAGCAAUGAUCCCAGCUAUCACAUCUUCAGAUGCCACCAGCCUCUUUAUCUCCACAUCUUCUCAAGCCACCAGCCUCAACACCUCCACAUCUUCAGAAGUAAACAGCCGUUACACUCCCGGGGUCCUGUUAUUUACAGCUAUCUGCAACAUUCUUACGUGUGCUGUGGGAACUGUGGCGAAUGUGAUGGUGGUGGUGGUGACCCUGAGCUGCAAGAAGCUACGCAGCAACCACCAGACGGCCUUCGUCGUCAACCUGACCAUCUGCCUCAUCCCAAUGUGUUCCUUCACCUUGCCCCUGAUGGUCGCUAGGGUCAUCGAAAUCUACAUGCGCAGUAAAAACAUCCCAGAAAUGCUCCUUUGGGUAGCCUUCACGAGUCACGUGCUUCUCCAUCAAAUCCACAUGCACACCAUCUGCGCCAUGGCUGUCAAUAGGGUGGUGGCGCUGAGGUCCCCAGUGUUCUUCAAGAGGAUGCUGAGGUCAUCUGUAGUGGCUCUCCAGCUGGUGCUGAUCUGGGUCCUCUCCGUCAUCCUCUGGCUCCCUCUGACUUUGAUCCGAGAUAAAUUCGAUCUUGAUCGGCUGAGAAUUGCUAUGGACAGCCUGGGCCUGAUGAAGCUCUACAUUGCUCUCAACUACUUCCUGCCCUUAUCUAUCACCAUCAUCUGCUAUCUCCUCAUUUUCUUCAAGGUUCGCUAUGGAAUAGCAGAAAGGGACGGAGGGCGUCCCAAAUGGGAGCAAGAAGUCUCCAGGAGCAUCUUCAUCAUCUUUAUCAUCCUAGUUGUGUGCAGUUUGCCGCACACCAUCAUCCACUUGGUAGACUGCGAGUGUGCACAGGCCUGGGUCCUCAUACACACACUUCUCUUUGUCCAGUUCUGCCUGGACCCGAUAGUGUAUGUUGUGGUGAGCUCGGAGUACCGCAAGAGCUUUGUAAGAUGCUUAGGGCGAUCUCACACCUCCAGAGAUGAGCAGAUGAUGUUUACCAGUAACCCAAGUGUCUCAUAG